GGGCGGAGUCUACCAAUGCUGAACGCGAGGAGGCGGGAUUAAAAAGCGGGGCCGGAGGUGGGGAGGCAGAUACGCUAGUUAGCUAGCUCCUUUCUGUCCUCGGCGCCGUUGGAGAAGGAUCGCUGAAGCUUCUGCUACCGCUCUCGCCAUGUCCAAGUCAGAGUCCCCCAAGGAGCCCGAGCAGCUUCGGAAGCUGUUUAUCGGAGGCCUGAGUUUCGAGACGACGGACGAGAGCCUAAGGAGCCAUUUUGAGCAAUGGGGCACGCUUACAGACUGCGUGGUGAUGAGGGAUCCAAAUACCAAACGUUCCAGGGGCUUUGGUUUUGUUACCUAUGCCACAGUGGAAGAGGUAGAUGCAGCCAUGAAUGCAAGACCUCACAAAGUUGAUGGCAGAGUUGUUGAACCAAAGAGAGCUGUUUCCAGAGAGGACUCUCAAAGGCCAGGCGCCCACUUAACUGUGAAAAAGAUCUUUGUGGGUGGCAUUAAGGAAGACACUGAGGAGCAUCACUUAAGAGACUAUUUUGAACAAUAUGGAAAAAUUGAAGUGAUUGAAAUCAUGACUGACCGAGGCAGUGGCAAAAAGAGAGGCUUUGCUUUUGUUACUUUUGAUGACCAUGAUUCUGUGGAUAAGAUUGUCAUUCAAAAAUACCAUACUGUGAAUGGCCACAACUGUGAAGUAAGGAAAGCUUUGUCUAAGCAAGAAAUGGCCAGUGCUUCAUCUAGUCAAAGAGGUCGAAGUGGUUCUGGAAACUUUGGUGGUGGCCGUGGAGGUGGCUUUGGUGGAAAUGAUAACUUUGGCCGUGGUGGGAACUUCAGUGGUCGUGGUGGUUUUGGUGGCAGUCGUGGUGGUGGAGGAUAUGGUGGAAGUGGAGAUGGCUACAAUGGAUUUGGAAAUGAUGGUGGUUAUGGAGGAGGCGGUCCUGGUUACUCUGGAGGAAACAGAGGCUAUGGAAGUGGUGGACAGGGUUAUGGAAACCAGGGCAGUGGCUAUGGCGGGAGUGGCAGCUAUGACAGCUAUAACAACGGAGGAGGCGGAGGCGGCUUUGGCGGUGGUAGUGGAAGCAACUUUGGAGGUGGUGGAAGCUACAAUGAUUUUGGCAACUACAACAAUCAGUCUUCAAACUUUGGUCCCAUGAAGGGAGGAAACUUCGGAGGCAGGAGCUCAGGCCCUUAUGGUGGGGGCCAAUAUUUUGCCAAACCACGUAACCAAGGUGGCUAUGGCGGUUCCAGUAGUAGCAGUAGUUACGGCAGUGGCAGAAGAUUUUAAUUACCAUUAGGAAACAAAGCUUAGCAGGAGAGGAGAGCCAGAGAAGUGACAGGGAAGCUACAGGUUACAACAGAUUUGUGAACUCAGCCAAGCACAGUGGUGGCAGGGCCUAGCUGCUACAAGAAGACAUGUUUUAGACAAUACUUUUUGUGUAUGGGCAAAAAAAUACCAGGACUGUAUUUGUGACUAAUUGUAUAACAGGUUAUUUUAGUUUCUGUUCUGUGGAAAGUGUAAAGCAUUCCAACAAGGGGUUUUAAUGUAGAUUUUUUUUUUGCACCCAUGCUGUUGAUUGCUAAAUGUAAUAGUCUGAUCAUGACGCUGAAUAAAUGUGUCUUUUUUAAA